UAGAUCCCUAUAUUAACCCCAUAUCUCCCCCCCAGUACGACUUUGCAGCCUGGAUGCCCAACACUCCCGGCACGUUGCGGCUGCCGCCCCCCGACCCCAAAGAUCCCGUCAGCCCCGAAACCUUUUUGGCCACGUUACCGACCCCGAUGGCAACGGGGGCUUUGUUGGCCCUAUUGAGUGUGGUCAGCUACGAGGUCGGGGACAGGCGCACGUUGGGUCAUUACCCGGAGCGUCACUUCACGGAAGCGGCCCCGCGCCGGUUGAUGACGCACUUCCGGCGUCGCCUUCAACGUCUGAGCCGUCACAUCCGGAACCGGAACAAGAACCUCCCCCUCCCGUACCCGUAUCUUGACCCCGGAAGUGUCGAGAACAGCAUCUCGACUUGAAACAGCCAAUGGGGUGGCUCCAAA